AUGGGGAAUGACAUGGGGCGGAGCGCAAACCGGAUGGCUAUCGGAGCCAUGGCGAACGCGACGCACUUCGAGAAGAAAGAGCUGCUUCGCCUGCAGCGCAAGUUUGUGGAGCUGGCCCAGCGGGAGGGCAACCCCUACACGAUCACCCGCGCCGAAUUCAGAGAGGCGCUGGAGUUGGUGGGCAUCAUGGAGUCGGACACCGAGAUCUUGGACCGAUUGUUCAGCAUGUUCGACAAGACCGGGAACGACCAGAUCAACUACAAGGAGUUCGUCGGGGGCCUGGCUCCUCUCUGCCACGGGACUGUCGAAGAGAAGCUUGCCUGUGUGGUGGAUUGGUGCGGCGGAGAUGGUGUGAGCACCAUCUACCUCCUGUAGAAGCCCACCCCAGGUUUGCUACGGGGAAAGGAAGGAAGUGAAAACCGGCGAGGCGUUUUCUUUUGCGUUUCUGUAAUGCGUAUUUUUAUGCCCCCCUCGAGCAGCAAACGGGGAUGACAUUCAGUAGAUAGGGAAGAGGGAAGGAGGGGGUUGCGUGACUAGAUGCAUUACGGACGUACGUGUCCGAGGUCGUCGUGGUUUUGAACGGAAGAGAGAAGGGCUGCUGGUUUCCUGUGGUAUCUUUUGCUGUUUUCUUCCGAACAAACGGAAAGAACAGAGUCCCCCCCCCCCCCCUUCACGGUGACGGGGUCCUACUCUGUUGGACGCAGGGGGUGGUGUGAAUUGUAUUAAAGUGUUUCGGCUGUACUGCUACUGCUCUAUUUUUAUUUUCUUUACCUGUGAAGCGUUACCAACCACACGCGCCCGAAAAGGACAGCGCAGGAAAACGGGGACAACAAAAAACGGCGUUAGUAUCUCGGUGGCCGCCGCUCUUCCUCCUCCUGUCUGUCUGUUCGCGGUUGCCAAGAGCGUGUCCUGCCUGGUUUGGUUUAGCUAGUAGCGAUUCCCCCGCACCAAGGCUUGACCUCCGGCCCCUGUCUGGCACCGACGCGACCUCUUUUUCGCGAGAAGGCAAGAGAGUCUUAUUUUUCGUUCCGUCUGUCGUUCCAGUUUUGCGUUGCUCUUGAGUGCAUCUGCUUGUUGGCACUGACUGGGAUGAUCGAGGGACGGCAUACGUCAGAGAUCAGGUUUGGACGGGGGAGGAGGAGGGGGGGGGCGUUUUCCGAUUCCGAGUAAGACGCGACGGCACGCAGGUAUCACAUAAGUAGGAAGUAAGAAGAAGAAUAGCGCAGCAGUGCCGGUAAAAUAGUGCGGUGGGGUUCAUUCAUUGGUGGGGGUAGAGUUGGUCGGUGUAAUGACGAGGAGGCUGUUUCUAUUAGUCGGGUACUACAUGUUGCUAAUGCUGUGCAUGGCAGCGUUGUCGGGACGGGGGGAAGGAUCGCUUUUUCUGGUGCGCAACAUGGCGAGCACGCGAGAAAUGUAAGGAUAAGGUAGCUUUGUCUUUGUUGUAUGGAGAUGAGAUGAGCGUUAGGCGUAUUGUUUGUGCGUGUGUUUCGUGUGACGAAUUGCUGUAGCUUCGGGCAGGUCGCCGUCGUUUUUCAGCCAGUCCGUCGAGAGAACCGGCCAAGGUGCUGCAGACCGUUUUAAUGUAUUUUGGGGGGGAGGAUUAUUUCCCCGUUGUAAAUGCCAUUCGUCACACAAACAACGUGUUUUCGCUGUUUCUUGUCGGUCUCUCUCUCUCUUAUUCCAUCUAUUUGUCUGUUUCCUGUUUUUAGCUCUCGCUCUGCAAGUACUUUCCCGCGGUCUCUCGCCAAGCAAGAUUAUUUCCGUUUCCUCUUUGCUUCCGCAGAACAACAAGAGAGAGGAGCAGCGUCGUAAUCUUGGUCGUUCGUCUUACGAAGAGCUUGUGCUGCAUGAUGUGUGGGUGACCUUGUCUCUCUUCCGUAAGGGAUUGUGGACUACAUUUUUUAAGUGUGUUUUGUUGUUGUGGUACAGUACAUAGUUGUAGGGUCGGUCCCUGCUGUUGUGCGUCGUUUACAUAGACUGACUAACUACCUCUUGCCUGGAUCGUUCUCGAAAUCGGGCUAGAGAGCGAGGGGUACGGUGGGCAGACGCACUGACUGUUCAUUGAUGCACCCCGGUGCUUGUCGAAAGUCAAAGGGGGUAGCAAAUCGGUUGGGCGAUGUCAAGGGUUUCGGGUUGCUUGCUGGUUGCA